GGGAGAUUUCCAGGCAAAUCCAGUGAAGCAAAGUCCCCCAAACAGGCAGUGAAUGGAAAAUGCCACGUUCCUUUUUGGUGAAGAGCAAGAAGGCUCAUACCUACCAUCAGCCCCGCUUUGUGGAAGAUGACCUGUCUGUGCUCACCUGGGAUCCAAUCAUUUCUCCCUUCCCUGCCAGAGGAGACAAGACACCAGAAGACAUCAAGAAACAAGACCUACAACACAUGGUUCCAAAACAAGAACAGGACUUAUCUGAACCAAAAGAAGAAAGUGUCCCUGUCCAGUACCUGAGCAGGAUGGUACCAGGCCCUUCAGCUCAAGAGCUGGCCAUCCCAAGUCUGCAGAUGAAGGACUGCACCAACAUGACAAGCACCUUCUACAAACCUGGCUUUUCUUGGGAUGCUUACCACCUGCCCUACAGCUACCAACAGAUGUCUUCCACCAUGCAGUCAGCCCUCCUGGAGCACCCAGUUAGCCUGUAUGGAAGCCACCUCCUGCCCAGUGCUGAGCCUCCUCUGGAUUACAGCAUGCAUUACUCCCCUGACAUGGAGACCUACCACUGUGUGAAGUGCAACAAGGUGUUCUCCACUCCCCAUGGACUGGAGGUCCAUGUCAGAAGGUCCCACAGUGGGACCCGUCCCUUUGCUUGUGAAGUGUGUGGGAAAACCUUUGGACAUGCUGUGAGCCUGGAGCAGCACACCAACAUUCACUCCCAGGAGAGGAGCUUUGAGUGCAAGAUGUGUGGGAAGACAUUCAAACGUUCCUCCACCCUCUCCACUCACCUCCUGAUCCACUCGGACACGCGGCCCUACCCCUGCCAGUACUGUGGGAAGCGCUUCCACCAGAAGUCAGACAUGAAGAAACACACUUACAUCCACACUGGGGAGAAGCCUCACAAAUGCCAGGUCUGUGGCAAAGCCUUCAGCCAGAGCUCCAACCUGAUCACUCACAGCCGCAAACACACCGGCUUCAAGCCCUUCAGCUGUGAGCUCUGUGCCAAGGGCUUCCAGCGCAAGGUGGAUCUGCGGAGGCACCGAGAGACCCAGCACACUCUCAAGUGAGGGAUGGCUCCAGGGUUUUGCUGGAGCUCCCACUGCCACUCCAUGCUCCAGGGAAGAUGACUCUCCCCAGCGCCUCCAGCCAAGAUGGGGCUGCCCACCUCAAAGCUCAUCAAGUGUCCUGUGUUCUCCUGGGGACCAGCAAAGCCAUGUCAUUGGCUUUGGUGUUCCAACACCCCAGGGCCUUGCACAUCCCAGCAGCUGAUAAAGAAAGCUCUUGGGACUCUCACUUUUCAAUUACAACAGCUACCAGCCCAGACCUGACAUCACCAGCACAA